AUGUCAACCGAGGAAUCCCAGGGAACCCGCGAGGUACGCGUUGGCCAGGUCUGUUGGCUUGAGAUCCCCGUCUCGGACAUCUCAAGGGCUUCCAAGUUCUACGAGGGCUUGUUUGGCUGGCAAUGCGACCUAAACCCCGUGCCACAAGUUGAAACCCCCACGCCGGACUGCCCCUUCAAGGGUAUGUAUUUCUUCAACAAGAAAGACACGGUGAACGGAGCAUUCGUCGUAAUGAGUGACGAUCACCGGGUCGUCAACUUUUUUGAGGACCGCCCGAGAGCCAUGCCCGUGUUGCCAACCAUCCAGGUUGCUGACAUCGCGGAAACGCUCAAGCUGGCCGAGAAGCUGGGUGGAAAGACGCAGUGGCCUAGAACGACUUGCGGCCCGAAUGCCGGCUUCUAUGCUCAUGUGAUUGACACUGAGGGCAACAUGAUCGGGAUGUGGGCACAAAACUGA